ACACAAAUAUAUUGAAAAUCAGGGACGCGAGAGCAAAACUCCUUUCGUGUUCUUCAAACAAUUGCUUUUAUUCUCUCGGCCUCUCUCAUUCCUCACUCUUUUUCUCUCAGCUAGGGUUUCGAUCUGAAUUUCGGACCAAUUUCAAUGGAAGGCGGAGGCAAUCUAGAGGCAGCGAUAGAGCAAUUGCUGAAUGUGGAGAAGCAGAUGAGGCUGGCCGGUAAUGUGGCCGGCACCAAAAAGGCUGUCACCGACAUUCUUCAGCUUUGCUUUGAAGCGCGAGCCUGGAAGACCCUGGACGAUCAGAUUGUUCUCUUGUCGAAGCGCCGGGGUCAGCUUAAGCAGGCUGUAACUGCAAUGGUGCAGCAAGCAAUGCAGUAUAUAGAUGAGACACCAGAUCUUGAAACUCGUAUAGAGCUCAUUAAAACGCUAAAUAAUGUAUCCGCCGGGAAGAUAUAUGUUGAGAUUGAAAGAGCGCGGUUGAUCAAGAAACUCGCAAAGAUUAAGGAGGAACAGGGUCUUAUAGCUGAAGCUGCGGAUUUGAUGCAAGAAAUUGCGGUGGAAACUUUUGGUGCCAUGGCAAAAACUGAGAAAAUUGCAUUCAUUCUCGAACAAGUACGUCUGUGCUUAGACCGCCAGGAUUUUGUUCGUGCUCAAAUAUUGUCGAGGAAGAUUAGUCCAAGGGUUUUUGAUGCUGAUACUUCAAAAGAAAAGAAGAAGCCUAAAGAAGGUGACAAUGUUGUUGAAGAGGCUCCUGCUGAUAUACCAUCUUUACUGGAGUUGAAGCGGAUCUACUAUGAAUUAAUGAUAAGGUACUAUACCCAUGAUAAUGAUUACCUUGAGAUUUGUCGUUGCUAUAAGGCAAUUUACGACAUUCCGUCGGUCAAAGAAAACCCAGUGCAGUGGACUCCGGUCCUGAGGAAAAUCUGUUGGUACUUAGUUCUCUCGCCACAUGAUCCAAUGCAGUCAAGCCUUCUUAAUUCCACCCUGGAGGAUAAGAAUCUCUCUGAGAUUCCAAAUUUCAGGUUGCUAUUAAAACAACUGGUCACAAUGGAGGUCAUCCAAUGGACAUCUCUUUGGAAUACAUACAAGGAUGAGUUUGAGAAUGAAAAGAGCAUGCUUGGAGGAAAUUUAGGUGACAAAGCAGCGGAAGACCUUAGACAGAGAAUUAUUGAACAUAAUAUUCUUGUUGUUUCAAAGUAUUAUUCAAGGAUCACCUUGAAGAGACUUGCAGAACUGUUGUGCCUCAGUAUCCAGGAAGCUGAGAAGCAUCUUUCGGAGAUGGUUGUGUCCAAGGCACUUGUGGCAAAAAUAGACCGGCCAAUGGGAAUUGUCUGUUUCCAAACAGCAAAGGAUAGCAACGACAUCCUUAACUCGUGGUCAAUGAACUUGGAAAAGCUGCUUGAUCUUGUUGAGAAGAGUUGCCACCAAAUACACAAAGAAACCAUGGUUCACAAAGCUGCUCUGAAAGUGUGAAAAAGAUACUUCGCCAAUUGCUGGUGACUCCGCUGCACGAUCAUGCUUUAUGGGUUGCUCAAAUUAAGCUGUCUUUUCAUGAACUGAAGUGCUCAGAUAGAGAUUGAUUAUCACCUUUGCAGACCGGGUUGAUCAGGCACGCAUUUAUCAGGUUUUUUCUGCACAAGUUAUUUGAUCAGAACUAGGAUACUUGGAUAUGCUUCUGAAACUGAAAGUGAUUUUGUUUGUAUACUACUACCGGCACAUACCUUGCCACUGACUAAUGAUGGGAACCUAAACGCGCUGUUUAUAGCGGUGGAAAAAAAUUGAGUGCCACUUUA